ACUUGCUGAGUUGUUACCAUGGUUACCCAGGGCAUCCAAACACAACAGGACUCGAGCUGGGAAGCAAGCUUCAUGCACUUAAGUCUUCGCAUGGGUUUAAGGUUCCCAAAUCAACUGACAUAAUUUGCACACAUCUGAGAAGUCGCAGGGCCCAUUAGAAACUAAAUAUGUACAAAGUGGAUUUGCCUGUAGACCAGUCCAUUAAAAAGGAUGUAGAGCGGCGAAGGUCUGCAGAGACAGCACGCAAGGCUCGAAUCUUCAACACCCGGCUGCGUGUGAUGGGCCUCGACCUCAAUGCUCUGAAUCAACAAGUCCAGGAGAAAAAACAUAAGCAAAGCAUGGAGAGGCAACGAGACAAGGCUUUCGAUAAGCUGAGAGAGUGUCAUGAUGAAAUACUCCUGCAGCAAGAUAUUGAUGAAAGAGAGAAGCGAGCAGCUUUGCACACUGACUUGACCCAGUACUGGGCCACUCAUCAGCGAGUGGAGGACUCUCGUGAUGCUGAUCUCAAGUGUGGCCUGAAGGGGGCAUUCAGGAUCACCAUUCCAGAGGGUGAGCUGGGGCCUGCCAGUAUGCAGAUCUUUGCGGGAGAGGCUAUCGGAGAAGAGCAAAUGAGGAGAGAGCAGAUGAGAAAGACAGCGAGAGAUCUACAAGCACAGAAGGAAGACAACGCGAGAAGAUGCAUGGGAAACAAGCAUAGAGAGAUGCUUGUGAGCAGAGAGCUGGUGCAUCAGGACCUAAGGGGGGUUCAGCAAGCAGCACUAGAGGAGGAGUGUAAGACGGCUGCCCGCAUCGCGCUCGACAACUACAACCAAGCACUGUCUGCAGAGCGCGCAGAGAGACUUAAGGAGCAGCAAAGGAGAGAAGAAAGGGAGGAUCUCGCAGAGGUGUGGCACACGCUGACGUCCGACAUGAUGACGGAGUGUGCAGAGGCAGCGGAGAGAGAGGUCGGAGGAGGGAAGCCACCCCGGAUUCUGAUUGACAGAUGGAAGGGGAUGAGCCCAGAGCAGCUGAGCGCCAUUCACGAGGAGAGAGAGGCACAGCUCCUUCAGAGACAGAGACAACGUGAUGCUGAGAAGAUUCAGGAUGCAGCGUGGAACCUCCAGCUCCUCAAGCUGUCCAGAGAAGCAGAGGAGGAGGAGAUGAGAGCUGCAGAGCUGAGGAGGCAGAGGAGGAUACAGAUGGACCAGUACAACAUGCAGCUGGCCAGAGAGCAGCAGGCAUAUCAGGAGUACCUGGACAAGAAGCUAUACACCAAUGAACCCACUAAGGAAUACUUUCAUCAAUUCAACACCAGCUCCCGCUGACCAUCACACACCUUCCUCAGGCUUGUCCUCCUGUGACAGUGUGCUAAUAAAAUCCAUUGAUUGUUAUAGUCACACUCAAUGUGAAUUGAAUCUUAAAUAACCAAUACUUACUGCUUAAUUUUAAGUGACACAUAUUGAUUGAUUUUAUUGAUUGAUACUGGUGAUACAAAAAGGAACCUUUUGUUUGGUACAGAUUGUUCCAUGUACUUUAUUUUUCAGUCAUAUAUCCAGUUACAGUGGUAGAUUCAUAAUGCAGUUACAGUUAUAUUGGCCCCAUAUGUGGUUCAAGUCCACCCAACGCCUGACGUUCACUCAUGAUACAUGUAGAUACCAUCAGUGCCAUUAUGCCGAUUGUGCACCCUACACACCACAAAGAGGCACAUCUACACCCCAACAGGGACACACACGCCCUAAACCCUCCUCACACCCCCACUCCGGCAGUUAUGAAGUAGCUUCUCUAAAUGAACCAAUUCACUUGUUAAAAAGGUUUUUUAUCUCUUAACUAUAAAAACAAAGGGUGGGGAGGGACAACAGCGGAAAAGCAAAUGCCAGCGGCCCCCGGCUUUCCCCCUCGACACAUGAAAAGCAAAGAGUGAGUGGCAGUCGAGUGAGUAUCUGUGUGUAUACACUCAUUCCUCAUUCAAAGCUAACAUUUGCCCCGAACACUGACAAACACAGAUGUUUAGCAGCAGAUAGUCAAGUUAGAAUAUUGGCAUAUUUUGUGUCAUUCAUCGCUCCGGUAUGAAAAUAGAUUUUUUUAAAAGCUUUAUUUGUCCUGAGUGUGUCUGUAUAACCAACAGCAGGGAGCUCACACACACACCUCCUUCAGUGCCACUAGCCGUUUUAGACAUCCCACAUUCUUUACCUUGGGGACUGUCAGGUGAUAUUUGGCCAGUGUCAAGCUUUUAUUUGAGUAGGGAGAGCUGAGACAGCAGUGUUGCAUAUAGGUGCUCCCUGUGGUGUGCACAAACUGCAUCCCUGCCUCUCAUAACUGCAUCAGACAAAAACUCCACAGAUAUUCACUUCACUGCAAUGCAUUGUGGGAUGGUUAUGGGCAUAAAUGGAAUCUUAGCUUUCAUUUGUAAUGUAACUACUACUAUCACUAAAUGACACUAAUGUACAAUUGUUGAAUUUCAAAUUUUGAAAGGUGUGAAAACAUCUACAGAACAAUGUGGAUUUUUUUCCUUUUUCAUUUUUUUCUUUCCUCAACUAUGAGCUACAAUAAUUUCUUUUUUCUUUUUCUUUUCUUUCUUUCUUUCUUUCUUUUUUUUUUUUUUU